AAAAAAAGGAAAAUAUCAAUUACCUUAAGAGCCGUCUCCUAAUCAAACCACGGAAGAGCCGUCUCUUGUGUCAUGACUUUCUCUCUCUCUAUGUUUCUUCGCGAAGGAAGAAGAAGCCAUGGCAGGAGUAGCCGAUGACUCAGGAUUGGGAGCCCGUGGUGAUUCGUGAGAAAACCCCCAAAGCUUUAAUCAAAUCUUGGACAAGAAGCCAUGGAAGCUGAAACCGAUGCGACAAAGGGACAAGAGUCGAAGCAACAAAUCAGAGACGAAGAACUAUUCAAAGCGGCGGAAUCUGCGAUUCUUCGGUGUUCAUGUCUUUAUCUCCUCAACAGCUUGUCAAAUCUCUCAGUUUCGGAAACGAAGACGGCCGCUCCCUCCUCCAUGUCUCAGCUUCUUUCGGUCAUUCUCAGAGGAUACAUGUCUCCGGAGUAUGCUUGGACAGGGACGUUCUCUGAGAAGUCUGACAUUUACAGCUUCGGAGUUCUGAUGGUCGAAAUCAUCACUGGCAAGGAGAUUUCAAGCUUUAGCUAUGGGAAAGAUGGCAAAAACCUUCUCUCAUAUGUGGUGCAACUGAGAUAUUGGAAACCUCGACUUAAUCAACUGUUCACGUAAAGCUAGACUGUUCCGUAUAAAAAACUAGGUAAAAACAAUUUGGAAACGAGAUAACACAAUUUUUAGUAAUUUUGCUAUUGUAAACUUGAAAAUAUCAUGAAGGAAGUAGUUCAUUUGAGGUUUCAGCUGCUAAAAACGAUUAAAGGUACUUCAAGUUCUAUUCAUGCUGACGAAAAAAACUAAUCCAUUUCGAAUUGGACAGGCAAAUGGAGAAAAAUGUGGCCUCCAGUAUGCAUACUUAAUGCAUAGAAUAUUGUUCUUGAUCUUUUAUUGUAGCCUAAGGUUGGUUACAAACACCUACGUAAUGGGUCUUCUACAUAAAUCAAGUAUAUAUAUAUGUGUGUGUGUAUAAGUGUGUGUGUGUGUAGCAUGUUCAUAUUUGUAAAGUUUUGGCAGAUUCUAAACCGAAUGAUAAUCAUUGUUCCUCACGAUUGAUCAUUACAUUUA